CAGAACAGCUGGAUGACCACAAAUGGAAGACUCUGUUUCUUCGUGCUGCCAUCCGUAAGAUCCACACUUGGGUGGACGGUGAGGUGAACGAAAAUUGGUAUGUGACAUUGAUCACGAACCAUGAGCUUGAGGCACGCGCCAUUGAACAGUUUCAGCCUCCGGGGCUGACCCAGGAAGAGAUUGACGAGAGGAACAGGAAGGUCCUGAGCCUGCGCGCGACCAUCCAGACCAUCCAGACUGAGGUGAGGAAUGCAUAUAGCAGAGCGCACGACGAUGCUAUGUCGACAAUCAGUGGUCCUGGUAGGGCGGAUUCAAGAGUUCUACGCCUGGGUAGACGGUGAAGUCUACGAAAACACCUACGUGACGCUGAUCACGAACCUGGAUGUCGAGGCGCGCGCCCUGGAGCAGUUCAAACCUCUGAAUCUCACUCGAGAAGAGAGAGACGAUCGACGGAAGAGGGUUUUGUUCCUCCGCGCCGCUAUCCGGACAGUUCAAACACAAGUGCGGAACGCUUACGCGAUCGCAUACGACGAGGCCGUGACGACGAUAUCGACCCUCAGCGCGGGAGACAGCGAGAUUAAAGCCAAAGCGCAGCAGAUGAGAGAUUUCUGCGCGCCUUUGAGGAACCGCACCAUCGUCCCUUUGCUCAGGCCAGAUGUUCACGCUGACGACGCUGACGACCUGCUAACAUACAAGGUGCGACCGCUGGCCAAGCUUAACCGACUGGAGCGAUUCGCCUUUUGGCGGGAAAAGUUGACCUCUGAUGUGAUCGCUUCGUCCAUUGGCCGAGGCUGUGCGAUAGUCGAUGUCAGGUCACUAUUGAAAGAUCGAGCCUUCGUCACCAUGCUCAGUUGGUAUGUGCACAGGGUGUGCGACAUCAUUCAUCAUCGCAUGAUCUACCCGUCGAUCAAGAAUAAUGCAUGCGAGUACAUUUCGUAGACGUGGCAGUCCUGGAAGCCAUCCGUUUCCCAAAGUACUCCUCGAAAGCAUACGAUACGAUUCGACGCCUUGACGAGCAGUAUCGCAAGAGAGAGCCAAACGCACCGACUUGAAGUGAUUCGCUUUAUAGAGCUUCUUCGCAUAGACGCACCUCAGCAAU